ACCAAGGAGCCCUCCACGUGCACAAUAAUUCCACCCUCAUUACUUCCCCAUCGCCAUGGCUGAAUCUCAUACUCUCAGCUGAGAAACAAGGAAUUUUUCUCUGUCCCAUACGCACCGAGCGGACGGAAUGGCGGCGUUCGUCAAACUCGAGGAUUCCCCAAUGUUCUUGAAACAGAUAUUUUCUCUAGAAAAAACAACUGAUGAGUUGGAAGAUCGAUGCAAAAGACUACACAAUGGAUGUAAAAUGUUUAUGGCAACUCUCGGAGAAGCUUGUAAUGGAGACAUUUCUUUUGCAGAUUCUUUAGAAGGAUUUGGUGGUGGGCAGGAUGAUCCUGUUAGUGUGUCCAUUGGAGGUCCAGUUAUAUCCAAGUUUAUUACUGCGUUUCGUGAACUUGCUACCUACAAAGAACAACUGCGUUCCCAGGUAGAACAUGUACUAACCGAUCGUUUGAUGCACUUCUUGAAUGAGGAUUUACAAGGUGCAAGGGACUCUCGCCAACGCUUUGAUAAAGCUAUGCAUGUGUACGAUCAGGCUCGGGAGAAGUUUGUGUCAUUGAAAAAGAGCACACGAGGAGACAUUGUUGCAGGCUUGGAAGAGGACCUCGUUAAUUCGAAGUCAGAAUUUGAGAAAAGCCGCUUUAAUCUAGUGAAUGCACUUAUGAACGUUGAAGCAAAGAAGAAGUAUGAGUUCUUAGAAUCUAUAAGUUCACUGAUGGAUGCCCAUUUGAGAUAUUUUAAGCUCGGCUAUGACUUAUUGGGCCAGUUGGAACCAUUCAUUCAUCAGGUUCUUACAUAUGCUCAGCAAUCUAAAGAACUGGCCAACAUCGAACAAGAUAAACUUGCAAAAAGGAUUCAGGAGUUCAGGACGCAGGCACAGCUGGACAAUUUAGAAGCUUCCAAUAGUAUAGAUCCUUCUGUGGUUUCUGAUGGCAUUCAUGGUAGUGGUAUUAGCUCCUACAGAAAUGUUGAAGCAGCUCCCAAAUCCAUAGACAAUGCGAAGGUUAAAACAACAAAACAAGGAUAUCUCUUGAAACGCUCUUCAGGUUCGAGGGGAGAUUGGAAAAGGAGGUUUUUUGUACUUGACAGUCAGGGUGCUCUAUAUUACUAUAGGAACAAGGGAAGCAAAUAUGUGGGCCCUCAAUCUCAUAGUUUCAAUCGUCCAGAUGAACACAACAACAGUAUGUUUGGUAGAUUCCGUGCAAGGCACAAUAGGACAUCAUCACUCAAUGAAGAAAUUUUGCGUUGUUGUAAUGUUAAUCUGCACACAUCUACGAUAAAGAUGGAUGCAGAGGAUUCGGAUCUACGACUUUGCUUCAGAAUAAUUUCUCCGUCCAAGACUUACACCUUGCAGGCUGAAAAUGAGGCAGAUAGGUUGGACUGGGUCAAUAAAAUCACAGGAGCUAUUGCAUCCCUUUUCAAUUCUUUUUUUCUCCAACAGCCACUCUUGGAAGCAAAACAUCCUGAGAGUGAUAAAAACAAUUUCGAUAAUUCUAACAUUCAGACACUACACCAAGAAAGAUUAGAAGAUGGCAGCCAAGUAGAUUCUGUUUCUAAGAUACUAAGAGAAAUUCCUGGAAAUGAUCUUUGUGCUGAGUGUGGCACACCAGAACCCGAAUGGGCUUCUUUAAACCUUGGCGUUUUAUUGUGCAUAGAAUGCUCUGGUGUGCACCGUAAUCUUGGUGUCCAUAUUUCAAAGGUGAGAUCAAUAACAUUAGAUGUCAAAGUAUGGGAGCCUUCGAUACUGAACUUGUUUAGGAACUUGGGAAAUUCUUAUUGUAACUCUAUUUGGGAGGAAUUGCUUCUUGCAGAUAAUGGAAGCGAUAGUACUCAACAUACUGUGGCCAAAUCAAUUCCAAAACCAAGUCCCAGGGAUGCCAUACAGCUUAAGGAGAGAUACAUACAGGCUAAGUAUGUCGAGAAACUUCUUGUGGUCAAGGAUGGUGAAGCAUCUGGCAUGACAAAAAGCAUAUGGGAAGCUGUCAAAACAAAUGACUUGCAAAAAGCAUAUCACCUCAUUGCAGCUUCGACUGUAUCAAUUGUCAACACAACUUUUCAUCAUGUGGUCGGAGUAAGUUCAAGCCCGGAUUUGGACGAGGACUCGGAAAAAAGUCGGGAAUCGGAUAAUGCAUCAUCGUGUGGGAGAGAUUCGGAUUCUAAAGAGUCAAUGAACAGCCUUCGUGGUUGUUCACUAUUGCAUCUCGCUUGUCAAAAUGGGAAUCAAGUGAUGGUUGAAUUGUUAUUGCAAUUUGGUGCGGAUAUAAAUGUACGUGACUCUCAUGGAAGGACGCCUUUGCAUCAAUGCAUCUCCCAGAAAAACAACACGUUAGCUAAGUUGCUACUUAGAAGAGGUGCACGGCCAUCCAUCAAAGAUGGUGGAGGAUUAAGUGCUUUAGAAAGAGCAAUGGAAAUGGGAGCAAUUACAGAUGAGGAGCUAUUUCUUUUGCUUACAGGAUCUGAAUAAGGCCAUAUUAUACAAACUUUUUUAUUUAUCUUUUUUGUUGACCAUUGUUUAUUGUUGUGUAAUUUACUAUAUUUCUUUUUUUGUUAAUCAAAUCCGAAGGAAAAGAAAAGAACCUUUUAAUUAUUAUUGGUGUUUUCAUCUGCCAUAACUUCUGCCAUCUCUUCAUUGUUGAUGAUCAUAAGAAUAAUUUGUUGAUUUGCAAUGUCAAAUCGUUGCCCGUUGCCUUA